AUGAGCAAUCGAAAGCGAUCGCGCUCCGUCGGGGAGGAGAAUCGCGCAGAGUGUCCUUUUACAAUUUCUUACGCGCCUGACACUUCCCACGCAGAUCAGGAACGUCAUAGGAACAAGAAGCGGAAGCGCGACGGUCAAGAUGAUGAUAAACGAGUUCAGAUUCAAAUCUCUCCCUUCUUUCCCACAGGAAGCUUCGAAACCCACGACACUAUGGACCUGUAUUAUACAGUCGAACCUGGAAAGCGAUGGCGAGAUAUGACGCGCUACAACAGCUUCGUCCUUAACAGCAUCAAGUACUACAGCGAGGGCUUCGUCUAUGUCGCCAACGAGUCAACGAUCGAGCACCAAAAGGCCACAAAUGAUGGCAAAGGUGGUUUCAAAAAGUCUAAUGAUGAGUGGGUUGCGCGCAUCCUCGAGAUUCGCGCUUCCGAUGAGCACCAUGUUUAUGCUCGCGUUUACUGGAUGUACUGGCCCGACGAACUGCCUCCUGGUACCAUCGACCGCAAAAAGACAGUUCAAGGCCGCCAGCCGUAUCAUGGUACUAACGAACUGAUCGCCUCCAACCACAUGGAUAUCAUCAACGUCGUCAGUGUAACAGCACCCGCAAUCGUCAACCAAUGGAUUGAGUCAGAUGACGAAGAAAUUCAAGGGGCGCUUUAUUGGCGUCAAGCAUACGACUGCCGCAAACCACAGCUUUCGUCCGUUGGCAUCAUAUGCAAAUGUGAAGCCCCCGCGAACCCCGAUAAGAUGCUCAUAGGAUGCACAAGCUCGGAGUGUGGGCAAUGGAUGCAUCACGAAUGUUUGACUCAUGAUGUUCUCAUGCAAGUUUAUGAACGACUAGGCACCGACAAGCCUCAUCGAAACGAGGUUGCGAUUUUGAAUGAGGAAAAGACCAAAGUUACCCAUCCUCUAUCACCAACCGAUGCCGAGGAGAAAGAGACCCAGCCCACGAUGGAUGAGGUUGUUCGAGAAACACCUCUAGAGACCAAAAACUCAACGCCUAGACCAACGCCAUCGAGAUUUAUCACUGCCGCACCAGCCAAGGGAUCAGCCAAGCAGGGCCGCAAGAAGAAGACUGGGGAUUAUACGCCGUACGCAGGACUCUUUGAGGCUAACCUCAAGAUGCAAGAAGGGCCUACAGCGUGGGAGAUUCGUGACUUACGCGAAAACGUAACGGGCGGCGAGAAGUCCUGGACGGAGAAAGUCUACUGUCUGGUAUGCGGCACUGGUAUCAAAUGA